AUGGAUACCUUCCCAAGCAGAACAACCACCAACACUACUACUGCAAUGACUGCUACUACUCACCACACCAACAACACCACAACAACAACCACACUACCAACAUCGAUAGCAACAAUAACAACCAAUCAGAACACACUCAUCAACAGGAACCAAGAGGAAGAAGAAGAAGAAGAAGAAGGACAAGGGCAAGAACAAGACGAGGAAGACGAGGAAGAACAAAAUUAUAUCUCAGACCCACUCCAAAAAUGGCUCGUCUUCGAUCCAUCUUCAUCACCCCCUAUCCAAGAAGAAGAAGAAGAAGAAGAACUAGAUCAGGAUCAUCUCUCAUCCUCAACCUCCUCAUUCCAAUCGAUCAACCACUCUUCGAUCUACCACGAUACCUCCAUGCCAUCCCACGACGGACGCGGGCACUUCUUCUCACCUCCUGAUCACUCACUCUCACCUGAUGGCUCAGAAUUCGAAUAUCACUCCAUCCCCCAUAACCUGCCCCUACCUAUCACCACUCAAUCACUUUCCUCCUUAUCCGAUCUCGACUCUCAGGAGGACGACUUACUCUCUAUCCCCUCAUCACUCUCAAUCACUCGUUCUGGUUCCAGCAGAUCCUCCAAUCUUCGGACUCAUACCCACCAAGAGAUGUCUCCAGAAGAUGCCGAAUUACUACUGACACCCAUGGCAAUGUCCGCAGGCUUCUCACACCAUAGUACCAUCGUAGGCUCGACCCACGAACCAGGCCGAGUCAGCUCAAGAUCCUCACACCACUCGACUGAUCAACAACGAGCCAGAAGGAGCGAGCCCACCAGUCACUCCCGUCGGACCCACAGUCGUUCCUCCCGUCGCUCUAGGAUCACCCACAUCUCAUCUUCCCAUCGCUCCUCUUCUAGAACCAAACCACCCAUCGUUAUCAUCCCCUCUUCUUCUUCUGCUUCUUCGGAUAAUAAGAAUAUCAAUCAUCUCUCUCAGCAUCGGAUCGCCGCUAUCAGCUUCUUGACGAGUGUCGCCUCUAAACUUCUCGACCUCGACUCUGACACUAUGAACAUGUUAUCUACCCCACCUGAAAAUCAAACCAUCAAAAAUUCAACCAAUCACUUAAGUUCUAGUGCUAGCACUACCCCAACCAAGACCCGGCCGCCCAUAAGAUUUUCAAUUGGAGAUGAUUCACGGACGUCUUUGACGCACGAGCAAGACAUGAUCAGUUCGCCGCUAGAUCUUUCUGGGUUCAUGCCCCCGAGCUCCAAGUCGGUGUGGCGGACGACGGAGGAGCGAGAGGAAGAAGAAGAACAGGACGGCACACAGAACGAUGGGAAGGAAGGAUCUGGACGGAUGAAAAGCGGCCAGUACGGCGCCACAUCGACCCUUAAGAUCCCUCACUCCCGCUCCGUCGACCGUCUCCGCUCAUCCCCAUCAUCAACUAUCACCCCACAUCUCCAUAGACGCUCCAGCUCUACACUCCUUCUCCAGGACUCCCGCUCCCGCUCCCUUCCUCCCAACAACUCUGAAAUCCCUUCUACUGACUCAAUGGCUUCCGUCUUGCUCAACAAAGUCCUCAAUGAAUGGACCAAUUGGUAACUUCCCUGCCUCUCCUCCGCCCUCUUUCUCCUUCUUGUCCUUAUCCUCCAUUGGCCUUUCUUUCGUCUUCUCCACUCUCUUUCUCUCUUUUUCUUCUCUGAUUUUGUUUGUUCUCUUGUCCAUCAACCGAUGGUGUAUUUUUCUCUCAUUUCAAUCACUUCGACCUGUCUCUCUCACUCUCUCAUUUUUCUGGCUCAUGUAUCAUCCAUACCAUUUUUUUGAUUGACGGUAGUAAUCCAUAAACUCCACUACAUACCGCUGUUGUUCUUGUUCUUGUGUGAUUCUCAUUUGAGGUACAUUCUCAUCCUGUGCAUGUUGUGUAUGAUGGUGGUGUUGUGGGUACAUUUGGUAUCUGGUGUUAUCAUGUGCAUAUGUGCAUACAACAUUCAUUUAUAUGAUUGAUUUUGAUGAUGAUAUAUAUAGACUUGCUUCAUAUAUAUAUAAAAAUACAU